UGAACAAAAAUCACAAUUAUCCAUAUGAACAUAAUUUGCUGAAGCGUAUAACAAAUGAACCAUACGAGUGUCUGCUGUACUUUGUGAACAAUGCAGUAUUUAUUCAGUGUUUUCCUCAUAUCUGGGUUGUUGUUAAUAUCUCACGCAAGUCCUUGGCCAAUUGCCAAACCUGGUCUACCAUAUUCGGUGUCCAGUGAUAAAUUGGUACAAAAUUUAACUGUCGGAUUGAUCGUGCCCCAUACCAACUUCGGGGCUCGUGAAUACUUCAAAGCUAUAAAUACCGCCAUUGGUAGUCUUCACAAGGCCAGGGGACCACCGAAGUUCGUCUUCUUGAGGAAGUACAACUUCACUCAGAAUCACGUGAGGACCGUCAUGAUGGAGCUCACUCCCAGUCCGAGAGCAAUAUUAAACUCUUUGUGUAAGGAGUUCCUCUCCGUCAACGUUUCGGCCAUCCUGUAUCUCAUGAAUUACGAACAAUAUGGGAGAAGCACCGCAAGUGCUCAGUACUUCCUACAGUUGGCUGGUUAUCUCGGAAUUCCAGUAAUUGCCUGGAAUGCAGACAACUCUGGACUUGAAAGGAAAGCAUCGCAAAGUAGCUUACAGCUGCAACUGGCUCCGUCACUUGAACAUCAAACCGCAGCUAUGUUGAGCAUUCUGGAGAGAUACAAAUGGCAUCAAUUUAGCGUCGUGACCUCGCAGAUUGCCGGACAUGAUGAUUUCAUUCAAGCUGUCCGAGAGCGAAUCUCCGACAUGCAGGACACUUUCAAAUUUUCAAUUUUGAACGCUGUAUUGGUGACGAGACCGGAGGAUUUAUCAGAGCUGGUGAACAGCGAAUCCAGAGUGAUACUGCUUUAUUCGACACGCGAUGAAGCUAUCCAGAUACUAAAAGAAGCGAGACGGCGAAAAAUCACAGGCGAAAAUUACGUUUGGGUUGUGACACAGAGUGUUAUAGAAAAUUUACAAACAUCACAACAUUUCCCUGCUGGCAUGCUUGGUGUUCACUUCGAUACAAGCAGUAUGAGUCUGGUGAAUGAGAUUGCAACUGCAAUACGAGUCUUCGCCUAUGGUGUUGAGGAUUUCGUGAGUGAUCCAAUUAACGCUAAUCGGAGUCUCAAAACACAUUUGAGCUGCGAAGGCAACGGAGACUCACGGUGGAACACUGGUGAAACGUUUUUCAGAUACCUGAAGAACGUCUCCGUAGAAGGUGAUCAGGGAAAACCAAAUGUAGAAUUUACACAAGAUGGAGUACUAAAAGCCGCUGAACUGAAGAUUAUGAAUCUUCGACCAGGGGUUAACGAACAACAACCACUGUGGGAGCAGAUUGGUAUUUGGAAGUCUUGGCAAAAAGAAGGGCUGGACAUCAAGGAUAUUGUUUGGCCGGGUGGUUCCCAUACUCCACCACAAGGGGUGCCCGAAAAAUUCCAUUUGAAAAUUACUUUUUUAGAAGAGCCGCCCUAUAUCAACUUAGCUCCACCGGAUCCCAUUACUGGAAAAUGUCUGAUGGACAGAGGCAUUCUGUGUCGAGUUGCCAAAGAAUCCGACGUAAAUGGUAUCGAUAUAGCAGAGGCACACCGGAAUGAAAGCUUUUACCAGUGCUGCAGUGGCUUUUGCAUUGAUUUGCUCGAAAGAUUUGCUGACGAACUUGGUUUUAUUUACGAAUUGGUCAGAGUGGAGGAUGGUAGAUGGGGCACUUCAAAGAAUGGCAAGUGGAAUGGGCUAAUUGCUGAUCUGGUGAAUCGAAGAACUGACAUGGUCAUGACUUCCUUGAUGAUAAAUUCUGAGAGGGAAGCAGUGGUUGAUUUUACAGUACCCUACAUGGAGACUGGAAUCGCAAUUGUGGUAGCCAAACGGACUGGAAUUAUUUCACCCACAGCGUUUUUAGAACCAUUCGAUACUGCUUCCUGGAUGCUGGUGGGCUUGGUCGCUAUACAUGCAGCCACGUUGAUGAUAUUUCUAUUCGAGUGGCUGUCUCCCUCUGGAUUUGAUAUGAAGAUAAACCCACCCAACUCACCGCAAAAACCGGUACCCGUGUCACAAAUUAACACUUCGCCAAAUCACCGGUUUUCGCUGUUUCGGACUUAUUGGCUGGUAUGGGCUGUCCUCUUUCAAGCAGCUGUUCACGUUGACUCUCCUAGAGGAUUUACUGCUAGGUUUAUGACUAAUGUGUGGGCUAUGUUUGCUGUUGUAUUUCUUGCAAUCUACACUGCCAAUUUGGCAGCGUUCAUGAUCACCCGAGAAGAGUUUCACGAGUUCACUGGCGUCGACGAUCACCGACUAGCGAAACCAUUUUCACAUAAGCCUAUGUUCAAGUUUGGGACCAUUCCUUGGAGCCAUACAGACAGCACAAUAUCCAAAUACUUUAGAGAAAUGCAUGCCUAUAUGAAAGCCUUUAACAAGACUACCGUGUCUGAGGGAAUUGAAGCUGUGAUCAGUGGGUGAGUAAACUGA